GGCGCGUUGCGACAUGGAGGGCGCGAUGGCAGUGCGGGUGACGGCCGCUCAUACGGCAGAAGCCCGGGCCGAAGCCGGGCGGGAAGCGGGCGGGGGCGGAGUCGCGGCGGCGGCGGCUGCCUUGGCCCCCGGCGGCUUCCUCGGCCUCCCGGCGCCGUUCAGCGAGGAAGAUGAGGACGAUGUGCACAGAUGUGGCCGCUGUCAGGCCGAGUUCACCACCUUGGAGGACUUUGUCCAGCACAAGAUCCAGAAGACCUGCCAGCGGGCCCCUCAGGACACUUUGUCUACCACCCCUGCGGCUGCUGCACUGCUGGGCCAAGAGGUGGUCCGGGCGCCAGCCCCAGAGGAGCCCAUUGCCGUGGCCCACAUCGUGGUGGAGGCGGCCUCUCUGGCGGCAGACCUCGGCCACGCACCCGACAUCGUGGGCGGUGGGCACAUCAAAGAGGUGAUAGUGGCAGCUGAGGCGGAGCCGGGGGCCGGCGAGGUGGCCGAGGCCCCAGGCAGGCCCAGCAGCCAGGUGCUCGCUGGGGAUGGGGAGCCGGCCCAGGUGCAGCUGCUGGUGAACAAGGAGGGCCGGUAUGUGUGCGUGCUGUGCCGCAAGACCUUCAAGACGGGCAGCAUCCUCAAGGCCCACAUGGUCACCCACAGCAGCCGCAAGGACCACGAGUGCAAGCUCUGCGGGGCCUCCUUCCGGACCAAGGGCUCGCUCAUCCGGCAUCACCGGCGGCACACGGACGAGCGCCCCUAUAAGUGCGCCAAGUGUGGGAAGAGCUUCCGGGAGUCGGGUGCACUGACCCGCCACCUCAAGUCUCUCACCCCGUGCACGGAAAAGAUCCGCUUCAGUGUGAAUAAGGACGCGGCCGUCGGCAAAGAGGAGGGGCCCGCAGGGUCAGGUGCUGCCGGCGUGGGGGCGCUUGCGUCGUCUGCGGUGGCGGGCGAGCCCAUGGAGACGUCGCCCGUGAUCCACCUGGUGACAGAUGCCAAGGGUACCGUCAUCCACGAAGUCCACGUGCAGAUGCAGGAGCUGCCCCUGGGCAUGAAGGCCCUGGGCCCGGAGCCCCCCGGCCCUGAGGAGCUGCCCUCUACUGGCGAGGGCGACCCCGAGAACCUCCUGCACCAGGCCAUGCAGAACUCCGGCAUCGUUCUCGAGCGGGUGGCGGGGGAUGAGGGGGCCGCCCUGGAGCCAGCCCCUCCCACUGAGCCCAGUCCCCAGGCCCUGGGAGACGGUCCCCCGGAGCUGCCACUGCUGGCUGUGGAGCACACAGAGACACAGGUGGCCAGCGAGGCUGCAGGCGUGCCCAGGACCCACCCGUGCCCUCAGUGCAGUGAGACCUUUCCCACGGCCGCCACGCUGGAGGCCCACAAGCGGGGCCAUGCAGGGCCGCGGCCGUUCGCCUGUGCGCAGUGUGGCAAGGCCUUCCCCAAGGCCUACCUGCUCAAGAAGCACCAGGAGGUACAUGUCCACGAGCGGCGCUUCCGCUGCGGGGACUGUGGGAAGCUCUACAAGACCAUCGCCCACGUCCGCGGCCACCGGCGCGUCCACUCGGACGAGCGGCCCUACCCCUGUCCCGAGUGCGGCAAGCGCUACAAGACCAAGAAUGCCCAGCAGGUGCACUUCCGGACACACCUGGAGGAGAAGCCGCAUGUGUGCCAGUUCUGCAGCCGCGGCUUCCGAGAGAAGGGCUCGCUGGUGCGGCACGUGCGGCACCACACCGGCGAGAAGCCCUUCAAGUGCUACCGCUGCGGCCGCGGCUUCGCCGAGCACGGCACGCUCAACCGGCACCUGCGCACCAAAGGGGGCUGCAUGCUGGAGGUGGAGGAAGUGCUGGUGUCGGAGAGCCCCGCGGCUGCAGCCGCUGUCCUGGCCGAGGACCCGCACACCGUUUUGGUGGAGUUCUCGUCGAUGGUGGCGGACACCCAGGAGUACAUCAUUGAGGCCACCGCGGAUGACGCAGAGACCAGUGAAGCCACGGAGAUCAUUGAGGGCACCCAGACGGAGGUGGACAGCCACAUCAUGAAGGUGGUGCAGCAGAUCGUGCACCAGGCUGGCGCAGGGCACCAGAUCAUCGUACAGAACAUGACCGUGGACCAGCAGGCUGGGCUGGGCGCCGAGGCCGCUGCCGACACCAUCACCAUCGCCACCCCUGAGAGCCUGACGGAGCAGGUGGCCAUGACGCUGGCCUCGGCCAUCAGUGAGGGCACUGUGCUGACGGCUCGGGCAGGCGCCCAUGGCGCUGAGCAGGCCACCGUGACCAUGGUGUCGUCAGAGGACAUCGAGAUCCUGGAGCACGCGGGCGAGCUGGUCAUCGCCUCGCCAGAGGGCCAGAUCGAGGUGCAGACGGUCAUCGUGUAGCAGGGCCGCCAGCUGGGCGGGGCCCGGGUGCAGAGGGGACGGCACAGCGGCCGGGCGUCCAGGAGGAUGUCGGGGUGUAAAUACAGUUUUUGUUGCUUUACAAUAAAACAUGAAAAACCCACAGCUUGUGAAUGUUGAGGCAGUGGUGUCCCCGGGGUGUCAGCCACCGCCCUGGCAGGUUCCCCACCUGCCACACUUGC